GAUGAUUAAGCUAUGGAUCAUUGCUAUAUUAACUACAGUGUCUUCGCUGCAGACGGGUCUCAACUCACGCUCUGAUGGUACUACAAAUUACUCUCUAGAUGGUUCGACAACUAACCAUCCUGAUGGUACUACAAUUAACCUACCAAAUGGGACUACAACUAACCCUCCAGAUGCUACUACAACUAACCCUCCGGAUCGUACUACAACUAACCCUCCAGAUGGUGCUACUACUAACCCUCCAGAUGCUACUACAACUAACCCUCUAGAUGCUACUACAACUAACCCUCCAGAUGCUGCUACAACUAACCCUCCAGAUGCUACUACAACUAACCCUCCGGAUCGUACUACAACUAACCCUCCAGAUCGUACUACAACUAACCCUCCAGAUCAUACUACAACUAACCCUACAGAUGGUACUACAACUAACCCUCCAGAUGCUACUACAACUAACCCUCCAGAUGCUGCUACAACUAACCCUCCAGAUGCUACUACAACUAACCCUCCAGAUCGUACUACAACUAACCCUCCAGAUCGUACUACAACUAACCCUCCAGAUCAUACUACAACUAACCCUACAGAUAGUACUACUACUAGCCCUCCAGACAGUACCACAACUGUACCUCUAGCUGGUAAUACAACCAAGCUUCCAAAUGAUACUACAUCUAACCCUUCAGACAGCACUACAACUGAACCGUUAGCCAGUAAUACAACCAAGCUUCCAAAUGAUACUGUUACUGAAUCUGCAGCUGGUAAUACUACUAACCUUCCAGAUGAUACUACAACCGAAGCGUUAGCUAGUAGUACAACCAAGCUUCCAAAUUAUACUACUACUGACCCACCAGAUCAUCCUACCACAAACCUUCCCGAUGAGGCUACAACUGGACCUCCAGCUGGUAAUACAACCAAGCUUCCAAAUGAUACUACUAUUGACCCACCAGAUAAUAAUACUACAAACCUUCCAGAUGAUACUACAACUGAACCGUUAGCUAGUAGUACAACCAAGCUUCCAAAUGAUACUACUACUGACCCACCAGAUAGUAAUACUACUAACCUUCCAGAUGAUACUACAACUGAACCUGCAGCUGGUAAAACUACUAAGCUUCCAAAUUAUACUACUACUGACCCACCAGAUAGUAAUACUACUAACCUUCCAGAUGAUACUACAACUGAACCUACAGCUAGUAGUACAACCAAGCUUCCAAAUGAUACUACUACUGACCCACCAGUUAGUAAUACUACUAACCUUCCAGAUGAUACUACAACUGAACCGUUUGCUAGUAGUACAACCAAGCUUCCAAAUGAUACUACUACUGACCCACCAGAUAGUAAUACUACUAACCUUCCAGAUGAUACUACAACUGAACCUGCAGCUGGUAAUACAACCAAGCUUCCAAUUGAUACUACUACUGACUCACCAGAUGAUACCACAGCUUUUACUACUACCCCUUCAACUACUUCUACCUCUCCAACUAAAACGACUAGCAUUGAAUAUCCAACUACUCAUGCCACCCCACCAAAUCUUAGUACUAAAACUGCCUCUCCAACUACUCCAACUACUACUCCAACUAGUACUACUAAUACCACUGCACUUCCCAGCACCUCUUCCACCACAAUCCCUCCAUUGGUCUGUAUCAAUGGAGGUGAACUGCAGAGUGGAGUCUGUAUCUGUCCUGAUGAAUGGACUGGGAAGACCUGUUCAGAUCCGAAUUUCUGCAAUUCAAGCAAGUUUGAUGGAUUCAUCUUCCCCAAAACAACGAUUGGCUGGUUUGGUUAUUCAACAGAGACAUGUCCUAAAAAUACCAAUAAUGCAGAUUUAUCAAAAGCCUCAGCCAUAUGCUUGAAUGACAAUGGAACUCCAAAGUUUGGUCCUUAUCAAGUUCUAAACUGUGAUUUGACCCUUAGUGAUAUAAAAGAAAAUAUCAACAGCGGUUUGGAUAAUUUAUUCAAUCUAGCCUCCAGUACUCAGAUUCUGACCUCCAAACCAGAGAAGCUAUCAGCUGACAACAUCAACACAGCAGCUGAGAUCACUAACAAACUGCUAAAUUCUACUCAAAAUAUCACCCAGGACAUCGCUGUGGCAGCAAUUACUACCAUCAGCCAGCUACUGAAUGCCAAUGGGAAGAGUACACCGGACAAUACCGCCGUUAACAGCCUCACGAUUACUUUGGAGCAGUUCUCCCUGAAACAGCAAAGUAACGUUUCCUUGAUAGUCCAGCCUAACCUGGUAGUGCAGUCUGCCCAGGUACCACAGGACACCGUAGGGAUCAAGUUUACUGCUUUCACUGGAAAAUCAGGUAAAUUUGUGGCCAACAGAAUUCAGCUCAACACUAAUUCCUCUGAAUUGAUAGUUGGCAAUGAAGGUUCUACUGAUGUCCAGAUGGUUAUUAAAUUUAAACCAGUAUUAAGUCGGGAAGAUGCAAACCACUCCGUUGGUUUUGUGCUAUACCAAAAUGAUCAUUUCUUCAAGUCCAGGGCAUUCCAAACUUCUUUGGGGACUAGCAGAAGGAUCCUUUCUGCUAACUUUGGAAACAUGUCUGGACUGGAUGUUGAGAUGUCCUUCAAGCCUACUACUGUCCCCAAUGCCUCCCUCCAUGACUUUGCCUGUGUGUCGUGGAACUACACGCUGGACGACUGGAGCACAUAUGGCUGCUCCAAAGUCAACCACUCUAACGACGGCUUGCAAUGUCUCUGUAACCACACCACUAACUUCGCUGUUCUUAUGACUUUCAGGAGGGAUUUUCAGUCUCCUCCAUUACUAGACUGGAUCACCAUACUGGGAUGCUCAAUGUCUGUCAUAGGGUUGGGUUUAACAAUAAUAUUCCAGAUCGUAACCAGAAAAUUACGUAAAACCCUCCCGACACUCCUCUUAGUGAACCUCUGCACAUCGCUCCUGAUGUCCACCCUCCUCUUCAUGUUGGCAGUAGAAAACUCCAACCAACAGCCUAAGAAACCCAAAAUAAAUACCAACAAUAUCCCCCCUUCAGACAUGCACACAGAGCCUGAUACAGGGCCCUGUACUGCAGUCACAGCCCUACUGCAGUUUUUCCAACUGGGGACGUUCACCUGGAGCACGCUGUACGCCACACAUAUCUUCCUCAUGGUCAGAAACGUCCUGGCCUUCACCCCGCAACACUUUACAGCCUACACCAUGGUCAUCGGAUGGGGACUACCUGCAGUUAUAGUUGUCCUCACUUUAGGAAUCAGCUACAGACAGGAUAAUCCACUGGGUUACAGGCAAGAGGAAUUCUGCUGGCUUGCUGCCCUUGAUUUCUACAGAAACUUUGACUUCAAACAACCACUAUUUUGGGGGUUUUUGAUCCCUGUAGCAUGUAUGCUAAUCAUAAACACACUGAUGUUGAUGCAUUUUGCAGUUGCAACAAGCAAGUCUGACCCACAUUUAAACAGUACAAGACAUGAUUCAAUGAAGAAAAAGAUCCUCCGUAGCUUUUCUCUGGCUGUGGUGCUUAGUCUCUCCUGGAUCCUGGGCUACCUUUUGCUCAUCAACCAUGACAAGACCACAUUUACUGUACUCAACAUCUUCUUCUGUAUUCUCACCACCACUCAGGGCUUCCAGAUUUUCAUUUUGUUCACAGCAAGAACUGCAAUUGUCAAGAAAAAGAUUUCAAGUGCUUUGAAAGCUGUGUCUAGUGUUGACAUCUCACUUUGCACCAAGAAGUACAGUCUAAGGCAGGGCAAGCAAACAGAAAAAGUAGAAUCUUACACAGAGCUGGACAAUGGUCUGUCAACUGCACUUUCAACUUCUUCAUCUUUGCAGACUGUAUCAAGCACCUAGCUAGCGGAUGGGCAACAAAUUUAACAUGUCGUAAAAUUUGUUAUUUACCAUUGUACUAUGACCUUUAAUAAAUACCAUUUUGUAUCAAUAUUUACUGUAAAUAUGUU